AAUUACAGGAAUGUGCAUAACACACUUGUUUUAACAUCGGUGCCUUAUUACAAAAUGGCUGGACACUUCUUCUGAACUAUGACAUACAAUUAAAAGUAAAAUCAAAGUUGAAUUUCCAAGACGAUUUUUUUUGUCAACUUUCAACAUGCAUUCUGAACCAUGCGUCGGGAGAUGUCUGUUUGCGAUCAUGGCGAUUCUGAUGGUAUCUAAAACUAUUUCAUCCGAAGUCGACUUCCGAAUUAUGACAUAUAGGAGAGUCGCCACCAUCCCUCCAGAGAUCGAGGUCUUUUACCUUAUGACGUCACGAAGAAGGAGCCGAAUCCAGUGUUUCUCACACUGUUUAGUCAAGCAAUCUCAGUGCAUUGGAAUAAUCUACUACAAGACGCAGUUGCUUUGUCGUCUGCUCACUGCUGACGUCACAGAAGAUAUUGUGUUAGAAGAAGAACUCGAACCAGGCAUGGUGGCUCUAAAGAAGAUCUAUGUCUGUGAGUACGGAUUCCAAUUUUACAAUGGACAUUGUUACGGCCUUGGGGAAUUUAAAAUGACCUGGACAGACUCUAAGAUUGAAUGCCAGGAAAUGGGUGCCUACUUGACGGAAGUUGAGACAAAAGAUGAGAAUACGUGGUUAACAACAACAUUUCUCCCACCAGCGGCCGAUACAGCGGAAUGCCCAGAUGUCUGGGCAUGCUCUUCUUGGAUUGGUGCUGAGCGUUUGAAUGCAAGUGAGUUCUUUUGGAAUCGCUAUGGCAACAUUGUGACCUAUGCACCUUGGUAUCCAGGGGAACCAGACACUCGGGAAUGCGUUCACCUCCUGCGCUCUGCAUUAUGGGAUGAUGAUUUUUGUGAUAUACCUAGACAUUAUAUUUGUGAAAAAGACAUAGAUGAAUUGUGAAGUUUUGCUUGUUAAAUUUAAAAAGAUUAAAACUUAAUCUACGAGCGAAUAUCUCGAAAAAUGCAAUGCCAUAAUCAAUUAUAAUUAUAAGUAUCGAGACUAAGACGAGGUUUCGAAAGUUCACGAAAUGUUUUUGAUACAACUUUUCCAAAAAACACUUUAAUAUAAUAAUAUUUUUACCACUUAAAUACAAUCUUAGUUUUGGAUAGAGAGGAAAAUGGAACAGUCAUGUAGUAAAGAUAUCCAGAAUCAUAAUGCAUGUUUUUACAUGUUUAUUAGUCUAAUAUUAUACUUGAUCACAUGCUGUAUUAGUACACAUAUAAAUAUUUAAA